GUUUGCCCCGUGUAAAAUGAUAGAGAGAGAAACAUGUGGUGGGUUGUAGCUUCGUUUCUCUGGUUGAUCAGGAAUUUGAUCCUGGAGUUCGUUUUCUUCGUGUUGGUUGAUGUGGUGGCCAAGGCCCCUCUGCGAGAAGCCACGAAUGAUGCUGAAAAACGAACUAUUUGGUUAUAUGAGUCUGGAGUACUGUUGGCUCUAUGUGCCAUUGUCUACUGGACAGAUCACACACCAUACCUUCUGCUGGUUCUGGCUAUCACAACUGGGGUGUACACACAACUUCAUGGCCGUGUAGAUGUGCAGCGAUGGUGGUCAUCAUGGAUGACUUGGUGGGAAGACUAUCAACAACAUGAGGAGAGCAUGCGUCAAAUGCAGGCCCAGCAGGCAAAGCAGCAAGCCAACGUUUCGCUUUCUGCUGCAGGCACAGCUCUCAUGACUCCUGCACUGGGUGCCUUUCCACCUUCACCAUCUGCCCAAGGACCAGCUGGGUAUCCCCACAUCCUGCCUACUAGGGGAUAUCCACCCAAUGUCACCUUGCUUCCAGGGCAGAAUGUGCCAUCAGCUGGGACAUCACCGCAUUCACCCUCAUCACCACACUCACCCUCUGGUUUGAUUCAUAAAAGUAUGCCUGGAGCAGGGAUGUUGUGGUCCAGCUCUAACCCAACAUCUUCAGCUCCAGCUCCAAGCAGUAAUCCAGGACUGAUACAUUCAGCAAUGAGCUUGUUUUCAGGACAGGUCAAGUUGCCACAAAGGACUAAUCAGGGAGAUGGAGUCAGCGCUACCACUGCAAGCUCAAAGUGGUUUGGUGGCGAGUUGAGGCGCAGACCCCUGCGACCAACAGGUUCUUUUAUGCUUAGCCCAUCUCUAGGGCUAGCUAGUAGUGGAGCAAAUGCCAUCAAAACUAAAUUUAUGAAUGUGUUAGGAUUUGGAGAUCCAUCGUGCUCUAUGCCACCAGGACUGAAAAACAAUGGGCAGAAUCUGUGCUUCAUUAAUGCAGUGUUGCAGUGCUUAGCACGUAGUCCCUACCUGGCUCAGUGUCUCACUGUAGAUGCUGCCAAAGAACUAGAAUGCACUGUGUCAGAAUCCUUGCUUUUGUCCAGGCUGGCUGAACUGUUGGAUCUUUUAACUGCAGAGCCAGAUAGUCUGGAUACCAGUGUUCUAGACACAGCUGCUUUUCGACAGGCUGCUUCAGCUCUAAACGGUUCUCUUGUGGCUCCAGUCGGUCAGCCUCAGAGGCAGCAGGAUGCUGCAGAAUUUUUAAUGUGGCUUCUGGACACAGUUCAUGGGAUUCUUAACAAAAACAGGCAGGCAUUGUCAUGUGGAGCAGAUUCUGGGGCAGGUGAAGACAGGUUUACUAAUGCCCAGCUGACAGAGCUUCGCAGGAUCUAUGGGGAUCUGACACCUUCUACUGCCAAAGAGCUAAAAGAAGCUUGCUUGAGAGCAAUUGAGCUUGCUAAUGGAUUGGAGAAUGACUCAUAUGCAGAAGCCAUCCAGAGAUUGUCGGACUUAGAAUGGCUUUUGCACAAACAGUUGAAUGAAUCCAUUGUAGAUGCCCUUUUCACCGGGCAGCUGGUGGAAGCAUCUCUCUGCCUUAGCAACAAUCGCAUCUCGGUUUCCCUUCAGUCUUUCAACAUGUUACCUGUGCCACUGGCAUCCCCACGCCAUGUUUCUGGUCUUGUACUUCUUGAAGAUUGCUUCACAUCAUUUUGCCACAUUGAACAUCUGGUGGGUGCGGGGGCUGCGUGGGAUGCCCAUCAAGCUCCACAGCAGCUGCGUGGAGCUGGAGCAGCAGGAAGCUUGGCAGCUACCCCACAAGUGACCUCAAAAUUGCGGGGUAAUGUUCGCUUCUCAGAAGCAGAUUCAGCACUUCAGUCUCCAUUCAGCCAUGUCUCUUCUGCAGUGUCUCCCAUCUUAGGACAACAUGAGUUUAUCAACGACAGUGGCUUCAGCGACAGUGUGUUCAAAACAUCCACACCUAUCAGGGAAUCCAACAGUGGUAAAACCUUGCCUUACACGGGGGAUGUUCAGCGUCGCUGCCUUCUUAGGCAGCUGCCAGAAUGUCUCAUCAUUCAACUAAAACGCUUUCUUUUUAAUACACAUCUGGGUCGUCCUACAAAGUUACGUGCCCCAGUGAGUGUGCGACUGAAAGGGCUUGAUCUCCAUGCCUUGGUAUAUGACAAUGUAACUCAACGGGAAGACUUGACGGCACCAGCAGGGGGUAGUGGCAUGCAGACUUAUGAUCUUUAUGGUCUGUGCCUUCACUUAGGUGCUGAGUGCACCAAUCAUGGACACUACAUCAGCUAUUGUCUGUGUGCAGAUGACCAGUGGUAUCGUUUUGAUGAUGAAGCAGUCACCAAAGUUAACAUAGAGUAUGAACUAACAACAUCAGAGGUUCGGCAGAAUGCUUAUCUAUUGUUUUACAGGCGGGCUCUUUCUUGAAAAUUGUCUGAUUAAGUCACACUAAGGGCAGAUAGGAUUUCUUUCUCAUCUUGCACUUUUGGGGAAAGAAUGUUCUGAGAACUUUUCUGUAAAUGAAGCUACAAGCGUGACCAGCUGUAUUUAUUUUUGAAUCAGAUAUCACCGAUGCUGUAUUUUGGGCAGAACUACUAGUUGUAACAAGAUUAAUGUUUAAAAUCAAGAGAAAGUCUUUUGCAGGUACAGAUGCUUUGUGUGCUUAUUGUACUUUCCUGCUCAGACAUUGUGAUUGGCAUCUUCAUGAACCUGUUUCUCCCACUGAGUCUCUACUGACCGUUAACCUUUAGCCUCAUCAUAGUUUUAUGAUGGCAUUCCUGGUUACUAUGGUUGUGGAGAGAUAAUAUAGGUCUAGUCUGGCAGUACUUAGGUCAAAACGAAGUACUUAUCAGGGAGAUUUGUCACUGUUUUCCAUGUGAGUGAAGUGCUUUGUGCUUCCAUUUGUGUUCAAAUACAUUACUGACAUAGGGUAUGAAACAUCUUUAAUUACUCCUAAGUACUUGUUAAUUUAGCUGCAGGUAAUUAUAAAAAUUGCAUUUUACUCUGUGUGCUCUAAAGUUGUGUACUAAAAUGUACGUUUAUGUCACUGCCAAAGUUUUUCAACAGGAGUAGUAUCAUUAGUGUAUUGCAUUUCAUAUCAUACCGGUUCAAGUUUACAAGACACAGCUGUCUUUUUGACCCCAAAAUUUUACCAUUGGUAGGGCAUUGUUUUAUGCUAAAUUUGAUCAUUGACCAAAAGACGUGGUCAUUGCUUUGCUGAAUGUUUUUUUUAUUGAGCUGCAACAAAAGUUGCAUCAUCUUUGUUACAUUUAUGUACUAUUAUAUUUUUGAGCUGCAGACAAGAGGCCUUAAAAACAGAAACUAGCAGGGGGAGGGGGCAAGCACCAGUGUGCGUGUAUGUGCGAGACAGAUUAUACUUGGGUUGUCUUCCAGUGGCAGCCAUAAUACAGUUUGUGCACCAUUUCUGAUACAUGUGAUUAUUAUGCUUGGCAUAAUCAUACUACUGUACAUGUUAUAUUUUGUUUGACCUUAAGUGACUGUGUAAACAACUAAAAAACUUUCAUGAUCUGAUGUAGAAUGUAUUUUAAAUGCCAUCUGGACAAGAUUUUAAAAAAAAUAUCUUUGGCAGCAUACUUUUCUGCAGCUUCUUCAUUGUUGAGCAUUACUUGCCAUCUAGAAGUUAGCAGUUUGAUUCUGAAUGGCAUCUUUGUAUAAUGUCAGCUAUGAAGUGUUAGAUCACAGCUGCAGUUCUAAUCCUGCCAUUUCUCAGCUUAGGUUUUGAGGGGUACUUUAUCUUUAUUUUCUUCUCAAUGUUGCUAACAUUGAUCUUUCCCAGUAUGGCAUACUUAAUGCUACCAGCUUCCCAUUAAAAGUAGAUGGUUGCACAAAGCAUAAAUCACUCCUAAUGAUUUUGCUAAAUAACCUUUAAAAACACUUGGUUAUAUUUUAGAUUAGUUUAUUCUCGAUGAUGUAUGAAUAUAUUUCAAGUCUUUUAGAUUUCCCUUCACCUAUUUUUAAAUGUGGAUAUUCCAUAACAUACGUAUAAGAAGAGAGACUGCAUUUUUACCGAGAAAAAGAUUGCUGCAUCAAAAUGCACAAGGGCAGCGAGGUCAAGAGCUAAGAACAUGAUGCUGAAGAGUAAAAUCUUUGUGGAUCUGAACUGUUUAAACCAUGUGCAUAUGCACCAAAGACAUGCUUUGAGAUAAAUUCAGGAUAUAGGAGUCGCUGCUUAUUAAUGAAAGCAUUUCAACAGCCAGAAAUAUAUUUGGCUUAUACAAAAUAACACUAACUUGGGUAAAACCUGUCUUGGUGCUUUCCUUGAUGUUUCUCCAUGCAGGUGAGCUUGUAAGUUGCUGAUGUCUCACUUUCCCAUCUUCCCUUCUCAAGAGAACAUUUUAGUUUCUAAGCCUGUUAUAGUCUAUUUUACUGGGUGGGAAAAAAAACUUUAUACACAAGGUUAGAAUAGCUGCCUUCAAAGCGAAACUGCACUUGUAUAUAUUUUAGCAUCUGAUUGAGCAGUUGUAUGGUUGAACAUUGGAAGGGGGGCGAGAGCUGAGUUGUGUAAUAUCACUGAAAUCUUGCUGCAGAUUUUGUAUGCAUUGCAUUUAACAUGAGAACAGCAUUGUUUUGGGUAAAAGAUACUCAUUCUAGUAAAAAAUAUUUCUACGGAAU